AUGAACUUUACAGCAACGCAUCGAGGCCAGCUGGCCGUUGCUGCAGCAAGUGGUGGUCUAGCUGUUCUUGCAUUCAUCUGGAUUAAAGGACUUUUUAGAAAAAGAGUGGAACUACAAAAGUUUAAGAAAGAGUUGGCACAGCAGGUCAAGUUUGAUAUUCCUGAAACUGAAAUACUCACUCCAGAAGCCGAGUUGCUGGUCAAGGAGCAACUCUCUCGUAAUAUUGCGUUUCUUGGUCCAGAGGGAGUUGCCAAAUGUCGCAAAUCGUUUGUGAUUGUUGUUGGUCUUGGUGGUGUCGGUAGCCAUGCCGCCCACAUGCUAGUGAGAUCAGGAAUUGAGCAUGUUCGUCUGAUUGAUUUUGACCAAGUAACAUUGUCAUCCCUUAAUCGGCAUGCUGUUGCCAAUCAAUCGGAUGUGGGAACAUUUAAAGUAACGGCAAUGCAGCUACACCUUGCAAACAUUGUUUCUCAUGCCAAGAUCGAUGCAGUAAUUGAACUAUUCGAAAAAAAGACCGCUUCUCGCUUGCUAAGUGGAAACCCUGAUUUUGUUCUAGAUUGUAUUGAUAAUCUCCAAACUAAAGUCGAUCUACUCGAAUACUGCCACAAUCAUAACAUUCCUGUGAUUUCAUCCAUGGGUGCAGGAGCGAAAGCAGAUGCGUCUCGUAUUCAGAUUGCAGACAUUAGCGACACAUUCGAGGAUCCGUUGGCUCGCUCAACCCGCCGUCUUCUUCGACUCCGUAAAAUUGAAAAGGGAAUCACGGUUGUCUACUCUACCGAAAAACCAACCAAUGUCAAGCUGGUUGAAUUGACCGAACAGCAAUUGGGCGAUGCCCAAGAGUUUGCCCCAUUGCCUCAUUUCAGAUCGAGAAUCUUGCCGGUUUUGGGAACAAUUCCAGCAUUGUUUGGAAAUGCUAUGGCUUCAUAUGUGCUGACUGAAUUGAGUGGAUUCAAGACGGAUCCAAUUCCAGUCAAGUCAAAAAAAAAGAUUACUGAUAAAAUGUUUCAUGAUUUGCUCAAGGCUGAGCGUGAACGAAACGUUCCAACCAAAGUAAACUCGGACGAUGCUGCAUUUAUUGUAGACGAGAUUUGGGGAGGACGAAGUGCGCUCACUGGCGCCACAUCAGAAAAAUUAAUUCUAGUCCGCUGGGAUCUAACCAAGCCAGCCGAGUUUGGCAAUCUUGUUUGCCUCACAAAGCAAGAGGCAGAGCUUCAUAAAAAUGGUGCACUGAAUAAUUUGAGUACUCUAUACACUGCUGAUCAAUUGGCUAAAGUGCAAGAGAAGUUGGAUCUAGCCGUAUCACUUCAAAAAUGGAGAAUAAAAUAA